AUGGGAAAGCUCGUGCGGCUGGAGAUUUAUAACUUCAAGUCUUAUCGCGGCCGUCACACUCUUCUCUUUGGUGACUCAUACUUCACCUCCAUCAUCGGUCCCAAUGGCUCUGGCAAGUCGAACAGUAUGGACGCCAUCUCCUUUGUCCUGGGAGUCCGAUCGUCCCACCUGCGAUCUGAGAAGUUGAAGGACAUGGUCUACCGUGGCAGGAUCAUCCAGGAAGCGAGAGUCAAUGCCGAUGGCACUGUGACCGAAGCUGACGGCGAUGCAAAUGGCGACGCAAACGGGCAUGCGAAUGGCGACGCAGCAGAAAACGGCGAGCCCCAGCCCAGUGGCCCACGCAACGACCCUCAGAACGCAUGGGUCAAGGCAGUCUUCGAGGACGACGCAGAGCAAGAGCACGAGUGGCAGCGGGCCAUCACCAGCUCCGGUUCGAGCGAGUACCGCAUCAACAACCGCGUCGUGACACAGAAGCAGUACGGCGAGGCCCUUGAAGAGCACAGCAUCCUGGUAAAAGCGAGGAAUUUCCUCGUCUUCCAGGGUGACGUUGAGAAGCUUGCUACAACCGCACCGGAGCAGCUCACAUUACAAGUCGAGCGCAUCUCUGGUAGCUUGGAGCAAAAGGCCGAGUACGACCGCCUCAAGGAGGAAUCUGAGGCUGCGACCGAGGACAAUGCCAAGCACCUCCACGAGCGUCGUGGUAUUAACGGAGAGCUCAAGACGUACCAGGACCAAAAGGCCGAAGCCGACGAGUACGAGAAGAAGCUCGCCGAGCGAGAUGACGCUGUCGUUACCAAGAACCUGUGGAAACUCUACCUAUACCAACAGGUCAUGGAAAAGGCACGCAACAAGAUUGCCAGCCACCAAGAAGAGCUCAAGGAGCACAAGCGCAGCGUCGAAAAGUACCACCAGCGACACGAUGCGGAAAGGCAGGCCGAGGCCAAGAUUAGGCGCGAUCUCACCAAGACCGACCGCAAUACCAAAGCAAAGGAGAAGGAGAUAGAGGAUGCGUCAAACGAGCUUGCGCCAAUCGAAGAAAAAAUUCGCCUCUCCAACGAGACUCGCCGAAAGUACGAGAGCAAACUGGAGGAACUCCGGAAGAAGCGAGACAACGAGAAGAAGGCGGUCGAGAAAUGCCAGAAGGACCUUGAUUUGGUACAAAAGGCCGAGAAAAAGUGGGAGGAUGACUUCAAAGCAGCCGCUCAAAGACAAGGUCGUGAGCUGUCGGAGCAGGACCUCCAGGAAUACGGCCGUCUGCGCAGCGACGUCACCAAGCGAACCCACGGAGAUCAGAUGCAAAUAGACAAACUCAAACGCGAAGUGGAAACAGACAGAGAUCACGUCAAAAACCUGCAACAGAGCGUCGACAGCCACGAGAAGGAGGUUGAGAAAUUAAACGCAACCAUCAGCCAGCUCGAGGAGCGCCAGCAGGCCUCCAAGACCCAGGUCAAAGAACUUGAGACUGCGAGAGCCGCUAAACAACAGGAGCUUGACAGAUUACGAUCUGACCGCAAGCAAAUCGAGAUGCAAUACUACGAGAAGAAUCAGUUAUUACAGGAGGUUCUGAAGCAACUUAGCAUUGUCGAAGGCAGUCGUCGCGAGUCAAGAAAGCAGCAAGAAGCUCGUAGAACCAUCGAUCGCCUCAAGACUCGUUUUGGAUCGGAAAAGGUACAUGGAAGGUACAAGGAUCUAAUCACCCCCAAGAUGCAAAAGUACCGCAAGGCCAUAGGCCGAGUCCUUGGACAUCAGAUGGAUACCGUCAUUGUUGACACGGAAGCCACCGCCAAAUCAUGCAUCGACUAUCUCAAAGCAGAGCGCAUCGGUGUCAUGUCUUUUAACCCGCUCGACUCAAUACAGAUUCAAGCCGUUGAUCCGCAAUUGAAGGGCAUGCAUGAGGGCAUGCGUCUCGCCAUAGACUGCAUCAACUACGAACCGAAGCAUGAACGUGCCAUGACAGCGGCGUGCGGCAAUACUAUGAUCUGUAAUACAGAAAAGCUUGCCAAGGAGCUGCGAUAUGUGAGGCGAGUUGAGGUCAAGGCAGUCACCCUGGACGGUCGUGUUAUCGGCAAGGGUGGUACACAAACAGGUGGUGAGCUGGAUCGGGAUGAUGAUUCGAGCGAGCAACAAUGGGAUGAGCGGUCCUACCAAACAUUACUAGACAAGAAGAAUCGAUACGAAGAGGAGCUUCGUGCGCUUCCCAAGCAGGAUCGGCAGUACACCCAGGAACAAGCUCUCGAAGUCGAGCUUUUGGAUCUUCAGGAGCAAAUAGCUCGCACGAAAGAUGAAUCCAGGGCACUUGGCCGCAACAUCGAGAGCGUUAAAAAGGAGCUGGCACACCACAAGAACGAACUAAAGGGAGUUCGUCCCAACUACGAGAAGCAAGCACAAAGACUGCAAGAUCGCGAAGACGAACUCAAGAGCUACCAAGACAGAGUGAACCAGGUCAAUGACCAAGUCUUCUCCGCCUUCUGCCAACGGCUGGGCUACGAGUCUAUUCGCGACUAUGAAGCUCAGCAAGGUACUGUCCAACAUGAAGCUGCCGAGAAGCGCCUUGAAUUCAGCAAACAACGCAGCAGGCUCCAGUAUCUGAUGAAGCAAGUCGACUCAUCACUUAGAGGUGUUGAGGAACGUCUCAAGCAAGCAGAAGAGGAAAUCAAGCGCAAAGCGGACGACAUUAGCGAGCUGGAAGCCAAGCAAGAAGAGUUACAAAGCGCCAGGGAUGUCCUCCAGGCCGAGCUUGAGACACUGCAGGAAAAGCGAAAGGCUUUGGAGCAGAAACUCGCUGAACGAGUCACAGCUGUAAAGGAAGCACGACGAACUCUAGAUCACCGAAACGAAAAGGUCAAGAACGUGCUCAAGGAAGUUGAUGAAGAAGAGGCCAAGAUCAAGUCAAGUGCGACGAACCGAUACAACGUGCUCAAGGAGUGCCGAGUGAACGAAAUCAAGAUACCGCUUACGUCAGACUCGAAGCCACUGACUUCCUUGCCAAUGACCGAUAUGCCACGACCAGAUGUAGAUGCCAUGGACGUCGAUGAGGACCCCGAUUCGACCCAAAUCCAGGCCGUAGAGGUUGACGACUACGGCAUCGAGGUUGACUUUGAGGAGCUGGACGAUGAAUUGAAGACGGAGAUUGUUGAGAUCCUUGAGAAUGAGGAUGACAGCGAUGAGCGCGUUCGGUCACAAGCCGGAACCCUUCUCAAAGCCGCCGAAUCCAAACUGACCGACAUCAUCACCAACCUUGAAACCGAUAUCAACAAAGCAGCGCCCAACAUGCGAGCUGCUGAACGUCUCGCCGCAACAGAAACACGUCUAAAAGCUAUUGAUGAAGCAUUUGCCGAGACUAAGAAGCGCGCGGCGGCAGCAAAGAAAGCUUUUGAGGAAGUCAAAACCCGACGUUAUGAUCUCUUUAUGAAAGCGUUCAACCACAUCUCCGAAAACAUCGGUGGUACGUACAAAGACCUGACCAAGUCACCAGAGUUUCCAUUGGGUGGACAGGCGUAUCUGGAUAUGGAGGACAGCACGGAACCGUAUCUUGCUGGUCUCAAGUACCACGCUAUGCCACCACUAAAGCGUUUCCGUGACAUGGAACAUCUGUCCGGUGGUGAGAAGACCAUUGCUGCGUUGGCUCUGCUUUUCGCAAUCCAUAGCUACCAGCCUUCACCUUUCUUCGUUCUCGACGAAGUCGAUGCGGCACUGGACAACGUCAAUGUUGGCCGUGUUGCGAAAUACGUGCGCGAGCAUGCUAGUCCGGGCAUGCAGUUCAUCGUCAUUUCACUCAAGGCAGGCUUCUUCCAGGAAAGUGAGACGUUGGUUGGUGUGAUGCGGGACCAGGGCCAAAUGACGAGCAAAUACCUCAGCCUGGAUUUGAGGAGAUAUCAGCCUGCCUAG